AUGGUUGGGACUCCUGCACAGUUCAGAAGGAAAAGCAAAGGAAGAAGGAACAGUGGGUCUCUAGACAAACUGUAUAAUUUUGCUGACUGUUCUGGCCUCCACCUCAUCUUUGCAUUGAAUGCUCUGCGCCGGAACCCCAACAAUUCUUGGAACAGCUCCAGUGCCCUCAGCCUGCUCAAGUACAGUGCCAGCAAGAAGUACAACAUCUCCUGGGAGCUGGGCAAUGAACCAAACAACUACCGAGCUCUGACAGGCCGAGCAGUUAAUGGCACUCAGUUGGGCAAAGACUAUCUGCAGCUGAAGAGGCUGCUGCAGCUGAUCCGCACCUACUCCCGAGCCAGCCUGUAUGGACCCAACAUUGGGAGGCCUAGGAAGAAUGUUGUGGCCCUUCUGGAUGGGUUCAUGAAAAUGGCAGGGAACACAGUGGAUGCCGUUACCUGGCAACAUUACUACCUUGAUGGCCGAGUGGCCAAGGUGACGGACUUCCUGAAAACGCGCCUGUUAGACACACUCUCUGACCAGAUCAGGAAGAUCCAGAAAGUUGUCAAUGCACAUGUGCCUGGAAAAAGGAUUUGGCUAGAGGGCAUCGGGGCCACAUCUGAAGGAGGCAUCACCAACCUCUCAGAUUCCUAUGCUGCCAGCUUCCUGUGGCUGAACUCUCUUGGGAUGCUGUCCAGUCAGGGCAUUGAUGUAGUAAUGCGACACUCAUUCUUUGACCAUGGGCACAACCAUCUUGUGGACCAGAACUUCAACCCUUUGCCGGAUUACUGGCUCUCCCUGCUCUACAAGCGGCUGGUCGGGCCCAGGGUACUGGCUGUGCACGUGGCUGGGCUGCAGAGGAAACCUCGCCCCGGGAGAGUGAUCCGUGAUAAAUUACGCAUCUACGCUCAUUGCACCAGCUACCACAACCACAACUAUGUCCGCGGCUCCAUCACACUUUACGUCAUCAACCUGCAUCGGUCCCGGAAGAAAAUCAAGUUGGUGGGGACUCUUCGGGAUAAACUCGUCCAUCAGUAUGUGUUGCAGCCCUAUGGUCAGGAAGGGCUACACUCUAGGUCAGUGCAGCUUAACGGGCAGCUGCUCACCAUGUUAGAUGAUGGAACUCUGCCUACCCUGAAGCCCCGUCCUCUUCGUUCCGGUCGGACUCUGGUUAUCCCACCACUCACAAUGAGCUUCUACGUGGUGAAGAACGUUAAUGCUCUGGCCUGCCGAUAUCGGUAGCUCCACCCACCCCACUGCCAAGGACAGAUCUGCUAGGCUCUUGGGGCAUCUCUUGGCAAGGGCUUGCUUCUCAGGUUGGCUAGGCAGACAGCACAGGGAAAUGAGGCUGAAGAAUCAUCAUGGGUGCCUGCAAGCACUGGCUGCCAACCGAUGGCAUGCUGUUAUAUUCUCAACACCAUCACCUGCAAUAGCUCCUCCAUGAUAAAAUGGGAAAGAAAUUGUGUUCUCCUCUGGCUUUAAGCUUGGUCAAAGUCAGAUUUUUUUUUCCUUUAUGGAAAGACCAUUAAGCCAGUCAGCAGGAAUUGCCCAACAAGCUAUUCCACUGAAGGAUGGAGUACUGAAUUGUUGCUGCUGCAGAAACUUGGAAGAAUACAGAAACUUGAACUCUCUACAAAGUGACAGAUCUGGAAAAGCUGCCCCUGACAGCCUGGGAAACGUCUUAAACCCUGUGCCUUCUGCGGAGAAAACUGUCUUAGAAUGGAGACAUUUUGCCACCUUGUGGACAGGUUGAAAAGGCUCUAAUAGAGGCAGGAGCUUCUGGCUUUAUUUGCUGAGCAUAUGCAAGGGCAAGAUGCAGACUUAUCAACAGGAAAAGCCUCAGAAUCAUUCUAGGCUGUUAAGUUUUAUUCCUGGGGGAGCUGCGCCCCCACCUGGCAAUUGGCAAUAGAGCAUGCUAUGCAGCUGUUUGGCAUCAGAUGGAACAUGCUGAGUAUGCAAAUAGAACCAGUUGCACUAUGCGCAACAAGGCACAUAGGGAUGCAGGAGCCAGAACAGCCUCUUUUAGAAAUAAGCAGCCAAUUGGGCUACAGAGGAAAGAUAUGCAGCAGAUGUCAGUCCAGAUAGGAAGAGCCAUUGGGAUGUCUGCAGCUGUUUGAGUCCAGCGGCAUUGUGGGGUGGGGGAGG